AUGUUUGAGUUUACAUCGAUCGGUCCCACAAAAGUCGAUUGUGACGGUUGUCACGACUUCGUUUACGUCUCGUACAACAAAACGGAUGCCUCGCAGCUCGAUAUGGAAGGAAAUAACAACAACAGAAUCGUUUUAAUUGAGAAAUAUGCCAAAAUUGCGCAAAAAAUUAAGGAUAUGGAGGUUUACGACGACGACAUUUGGGUUGUAUCGUUCCCCAAAUCGGGCACAACUUGGACAAUGGAGAUGACAUGGUUGCUAAAUAACGAUUUAAACUACAAAAUGGCGCGAGAUGUUGAAUUAUCGCAUCGUGUUCCCAUGUUGGAAAUUAGUGGCGUUUUGAACUUAUUUCCCGAAGGCUCGGCAGAUACAGUGAUCAACAUGCGGCGCCCACGACACAUUAAAACGCAUUUGAAUGUCGCAUUGUUGCCCGAUAAACUUUGGACGAGCAAAGCGAAAGUUUUUUAUGUCGCGCGUAACCCGAAAGAUUGUAUCGUCUCGUAUUUUCAUCAUUCGCGACACAUUACCGGAUAUCACGGGUCAAUGGAUGACUUUGUAGAGACAUUUUUGCAAGAUAAGGUCCUUUACACGCCAUAUUUCGAACAUAUUCAAGCUUUUUGGAAUUUGCGCCAUAAACCGAACAUCAUGAUGUUCAUGUACGAAGACAUGCAAGCAGAUCUUCUGAGUAUUUUGAGGAAAAUUAGCGAGUUUCUUGGCAAAAAUUACACUGACAAGCAAUUAAUUGAGCUGAAGGAGCAUUUAUCAGCAGAUAAAAUGAGAAAAAAUCCUUCAUGCAACAACGACGUUUUCCUCUCGGAAGCGCAAAAACGAAACAAUCCAGUGAACGACGGGACUUAUACCUUCAUUCGCAAAGCAAAAGUCGGCGGAUACAAGGAGGAAUUGAGUCAACAUUUUAUUGAACGAAUCGACAAAUGGACCGAGGAAUCUCUUAAAUUUACUGAUUUUCGUUUCAAAUGUUAA